AUGUUGCCUCCUAGUCCGGAAAUUAAGCAUGCAGACAAGCCUGACCAAUCCCUCUAUGAUUGGGUGUGGCUGUCCCCCUCGCCUACACUCGAGCUGGCUCAAUUGCCUCUAUUUAAGAUACCGGAACGUCUCCUAACCCUAGAAGAGCGUACCAGGCUCACAUAUGAAAGGGCCAGGAAAAUUUGCGAUGUAUACGGCUUGACGGUGGAAGACAUUUUAACUGUCGGCCCGAAGUUCUGGAAACUACACACAGACCUCAUAGGCGCAGUUGACGGAGGAGCUUUGACAUUGAUUAGUAUUCAAUAUAACCUAUUCGUGGGCACUGUGGCCCCAUUCGCAGUGAAGAGGCCGGAUCUUCAUUGGAUCCUCCAGCGAGCUCUGAGCUUUGAGAUUUCAGCGCAAUUUAUGCUCACUGAGGUCGGUCAUGGAUUGGACGCAAAGAAUUUGGAAACCACGGCGACGCUUUUGCCAGACGGUGGCUUCGAACUUCACAGCCCUUCAUGGGCAGCUGCAAAGUGUAUGCCACCGACGACUCCAAGAGGCGGUCUUCCCGUUGUUGCCGUUGUCUUUGCUCGAUUAAUUGUCGAAGGCGAGGAUCGUGGGGUCCGUCCUUUCCUCGUUCCUAUAGGAGACGGCCGUGAGAUGUGCAAAGGCAUAAUUGCAAAGGCCCUACCUCCACGCACUGGCACCCAUCCCAUAGACCACGCUCUUACGCUCUUCAACCACGUCGCACUCCCUGCCUCUGCUCUCCUAGGCAGCCUCGAAAAACCCCAGAACGAACGAGAACAUUUCUUCUCUACUAUCCAUCGUGUCCCAGCCGGCACACUUUUUCUGUCUGGCGCCGCAAUCCCAGCCCUCAAAGUCGCAAUCUACAACGCAGCGCAAUUCAGUAUGCGACGAAAAGUGACGGGUCACGACGGCAAAGCAAUGGCCGUCAUCAAGUUUCGUACCCAGCAUCUCCCCAUCCUGCACGCCAUUGCGCAAUAUCAUGUGCUCCAGGCGUUCAUCGUACAUGCCGGGACCAUUUUCCGAAAUAGAGAAACUGAUCCGCGUGUGAAACAUGCUGUUGCAACUGCGUUCAAGGCUGUUACCAUACAGAGUUUUCAGAAGAGCAUCAAGUCGUUGAAUGAGGGAUGCGGUUGGCAUGGAUAUUAUGAGCAUAAUCAGACUCUUCAGACUGAGCUGGAGUUCAGGGCAGCGGGAACCGCAGAAGGUGACAUUAGGGUUCUCGCCAUUCGACUCGCAAGCGAAUUAAUAAUCGGCCGUUAUGAAGUGCCACCACCUAACGAUCUUAGCAGCCCUAUCGCUCAACACGAAGCCGCACUCAUGACCGAGGCAAAACAACAUCUCAUGCUUAUCGGCGGCAUGCAUCGAAGCGAAGAAUUCAACCGCAACAUCCUCCCCCUCUCCCUUCCACUAAUUCAAGCUAUUGGCCACCGAAUGGCCUUGGAAGCCGCAAAGGAGGCAAAUAUCGACACCAAGCUCAUCAAUCUCUACGAAAGUGGCGUCAUUAUUGAUGACUCCGCAUGGUACACCGAGCAAGGAGGUAUCAGCCGCCUGGCCCAGAAGGAAGUGGAAGCUCAAGCGGCGGAUGCGUUGCUCCCGGAGAUGGAGAAGCUUGUGUUCAAUACAGGCGCAGCGCUGUAUAGUAAUGCGCCGAUGGCUUCGGAGAAGGUGUGGAAUGUGUUUGUGUCGGAGUUAGAGACUUUUUCGGGGGAGGCGUCGUUUGAUACUGACGUUUCUGCUCGUAUAUGA